AUGGAUGGUGAACGGAGAGGCCGAAAAAGUGAUUACGUUAUCUACUUUAUCUUCCGAGAUAACCGUGCUUUCGGUAACUGUAGCGCUGGACGAUUGACCUCGAUCCCGCUGCCAUUUAUCUAUCUUCAGUUCGCGUCGAUGGAAGGAAUACUGCACUGUACCAGUGAAGCAGAUUUGAGCACCGCCCUGGUCUGGAUUAGGCCAGAGCAUAGCUUCCUCCCGCGAUUGACCCUCUGA